AUGAUUCGUGCUGCUUCUCAUCAGGCGCUUUUUCUUCUGCCUCUUGUCCUCACUGGUGCUCUUUUUCCCGCUACCUGCAGCGCAAGGUCGAAGCUUCUGUCCAACUCCCCCGACCCUGUAGAAGACAGCAAGUUCCUGUUCAAUGGCGGUGAAGGCUUCGGAGGAGGCGUUAACGGGGGCAGUGGCUUUGGUGGUGGUUUUGGAUAUGGUGGCGGAGGUGACUCUGGCGGAAUUGGAGGCGGAGGUGGGGGUGGGUUUGGUGGUGGCCUAGGUGGCGGAGCUGGUUGGGGUUUUGGUGGGGGUGGUGGGAUUGGAAUAGGAGGAGUAGGAGGGUUCGGCGGAGGGCUUGGUGGCGGAGGAGGUAUCAAUGGUGGUUCAGGAUUCGGCGGAGGAGCUGGUGGUGGUUUUGGAGGCGGCCACGGGAUCCUGCCUUGA